UGAAGGAAAAAUGCAGAGGAGAUCCAAAAUGGGAUUCUUGAUGAGAAAUUUUCUAGUUUUAUUUUGUUGGAUUAUUUUAGCUGUAAAUGCAGAAGAAUACAUUACAUACAAAGAUCCAAACAAGCCCUUAAACAGAAGAAUCAAAGAUUUAAUGAAAAGAAUGACUUUGGAGGAAAAAAUUGGGCAAAUGAUACAAAUUGAUCGUACUGCUGCAACUCCAAAGGUUAUGAACAAGUACUACCUAGGGAGUGUGUUGAGUGGUGGAGGAAGUGUGCCUAAGAAAGAAGCAUCAGCAGAAGAUUGGAUUGAUAUGAUAAAUGGUUUUCAAAAAGGUUCAUUAUCAACUAGACUUGGAAUACCUAUGAUUUAUGGAAUUGAUGCUGUUCAUGGCAACAACAAUGUCUAUAAAGCUACAAUUUUUCCUCACAAUGUUGCUCUUGGAGUAAUAAGGGAUCCUCAAUUGGUCAAGAGGAUUGGAUCUGCAACUGCAUUAGAAGCUAGAGCAACUGGAAUUCCAUAUGUUUUUGCACCUUGUCUUGCGGUUUGCAGAGAUCCAAGAUGGGGCAGAUGUUAUGAGAGUUAUAGUGAAGAUCCAAAUAUUGUUAGGUCAAUGAGUGAAAUGGUACCUGGAUUACAAGGAGAUGUUCCUUCUAAUGGUAGAUUAGGAGUCCCUUUUGUUGCCAACAAGCAAAAGGUGGCUGCUUGUGCUAAGCAUUAUGUAGGAGAUGGUGGGACAGUAAAAGGAAUCAAUGAAAACAAUACAAUUAUUGAUAGACAUGGUUUGCUUAGUAUACAUAUGGCAGGUUACUAUAGUUCAAUCAUCAAAGGUGUUUCUACUGUUAUGGUUUCCUAUUCAAGUUGGAAUGGUCUCAGAAUGCAUGAAAAUAAAGAAAUGGUUACUGGUUUUCUUAAAGGCACACUUAGAUUCAGAGGGUUUGUUAUUUCAGAUUGGGCAGGAAUUGAUAAGCUUACUUAUCCUUGGCAUACAAACUAUACAUAUUCCAUUCUUGAAGGUGUCAAUUCUGGCAUUGACAUGGUUAUGUUGCCUUACAACUAUACAGAAUUCAUUGAUGGUUUAACAUAUUUAGUGAACAACAACUUUGUUCAAAUGACUCGAAUCGAUGAUGCAGUCAAGAGAAUUCUCAGGGUGAAGUUCCAAAUGGGACUCUUUGAGAACCCUCUUGCUGAUUAUAGUUUGACGAAAUAUCUUGGAUGCCCUGAGCAUAGAGAAUUGGCAAGAGAAGCAGUGAGAAGGUCACUUGUUUUGUUGAAAAAUGGAGCAAAUGCAGAUGAACCAGUUUUGCCACUUCCAAAAAAAGCAACAAAUAUAUUAGUUGCAGGAGCCCAUGCUAACAAUAUGGGAUACCAAUGUGGUGGAUGGACCAUUACAUGGCAAGGACUUAGCGGAAACACAACAAUUGGUACUACAAUCCUCUCAGCCAUAGAGAACACAGUUGAUCCAGAAACAAAGGUUGUGUAUAAGGAAAAUCCGGACAGCGAAUUCGUCAAGUCCAACAACUUCUCCUAUGCCAUAGUCGUGGUGGGAGAGACCCCAUACGCGGAAGGUUCGGGUGACAGCCUAAACUUAACAAUCCCCGCGCCUGGUCCAGACAUCAUGACCACGGUUUGUGCCUCGGUGAAAUGUGUCGUUGUGCUUCUCACAGGGCGUCCGGUUGUGAUCCAACCAUACCUAGCUCAAAUGGAUGCAGUUGUAGCAGCUUGGUUACCAGGAACAGAAGGACAAGGUGUAGCUGAUGUCCUGUUUGGUGAUUAUGGUUUUACUGGAAAACUAGCAAGGACUUGGUUCAAGACUGUUGAUCAACUCCCUAUGAAUGUUGGUGAUUCACAUUAUGACCCUUUGUUCCCUUUUGGAUUUGGACUUACCACUGAACCUGUCAAGGCCUAAAACAACUGUUUUUUUUUU